GACCAACAUACUUUUACUUGUUCAUUCCAUUCCAUGAUCCCAUGAAGAUUCUUGUAAAACUAAACAACCAUUGUUAAAUGAUUGAAAAACUCUCACUUCAAUGUGCAAAUCAAAAAAGAGCACCACCGUGGUACAACCCACAAGAAGAAUCUCAACAUCAUCAUCUUCCACAACAAAUUUCCCAUCUUCUUCCAACAACACCGAAGUCCCAAUCACAGAAUCAAAAAGUUACAUCUACGGUGAUAAACAAUGGUCCAAAACUUCUUCAUCAGUUUCAAGCCACUCUUCUCUUUCAAGCCUCAAACAAUCUCUCCCAGAAAAUCCUCACAUCUAUCCUUUCUCAGAAAUCUCAACCGCCACAGCUAACUUCUCCACUAACCGUCUCUCCACAAAUUCAUUCCGUUGUUAUCUCCGAGACCGCGACGUCGUUAUUUUCCAGCGGAAAUUCCGCCGGAAAAUUGACUUACCGGAGAUACGUGAUCGUCUUGCUCUUAUCUGCCGGAGUCAUCAUAGCAGUCUCGUGAAGCUUCUCGGAGCUUCUGUCUCCGGUGGCUACAUUUAUCUUGUAUAUGAAUUUGUUCCCGGUGGUAGUCUUUCCGAUUGUCUUCGAAAUCGUCGGAACCCUAGCUUCACGAAUCUCUCGACGUGGAGUUUGAGGAUGCAAAUUGCUUCUGAUCUCGCUCACGGUCUUGAUUAUGUUCAUAAUUCUUCAGGUUCGGGUAACGGUUUCGUUCAUAAUCAUAUUAAAAGCUCUAGUAUCAUCGUCUCAGAGGAGAAUUUCGGAGCUAAGAUUUGUCACUUCGGUACAUCGGAGCUCUGCGGCGAGUCUGUUACCGUCGGAGAUUCUUCUGCAUCGGAGAAAAAUUUGAAAAGGUCCGGUAGCCGGGGGGUGAGAUUUGAGGGGACGAGGGGCUACAUGGCGCCGGAAUUUCAAUUAACCGGCGUUGCGACGCAGAAGACCGACGUGUAUGCUUUCGGCGUGGUGGUUUUGGAGCUUCUGAGCGGGUUAGAGGCGGUGAGAUUUGAAUUGGAGGGAAAUGAUGGCGGGUAUAGGAGGGUGAGUGUGGUGGAUACGGCGAGGGAAGCGUCGAAGGAGCACGGUGGCGUGAGAAAAUGGGUUGAUCGGAGGUUGAGGGAUUCGUUUCCGAUGGAUGUGGCUGAGAAAAUGAUUCGGGUCGGGUUGGAAUGUGUUGAGGAUGAUCCAAAUGAGAGACCGGGUAUGGGUCGGGUAUCGAUGGAAGUAUCCAAGUUGUAUUUGGAAUCAAAGGAGUGGGAAGAGAAAUUGGGUACUAACAUUGAUAUUUCGGUCUCAUUAGCCCCACGCUAAUGCUACUUAUUUUGACUAAUUGUUCUAUACUAUUUUGUUAGGUUAUCUAUUUUAUUUUUUAAAAAGCUAAUUUUUAGUUUUUAAUCUCCAAUUAAAAUUUAUAAUUGAUUGCAUACUUGUUUUUCUUUUUUGGGUUUAUAUUGUAUAGUUUUUAUUUUGAACAAAAUUGUGUAAGAUUUUGUCAAAUGUCAAUAUAGGAGAAAUUCAAGACA